AUGAGCAUUGGGAUAUACCAAUCAUUUGUUCCCUGUGCUGUUGUUUUUAUCUUGUGCAUACUCAUGCCUUUGUUACAUAAUGCUUCUCCCACCACCACCACCACCAUGUUUAGAGGAAAUGAGACAGAUCGGCUAGCAUUGCUUACCAUCAAGGCUAAGAUGACUGAUGAUCCUAUGCUGCAGGUCACUACUAGCUCAUUGAAUGACUCUCUCUAUUUCUGCCAAUGGCAUGGUGUUUCAUGUGGCCACUGCCAUCAAAGAGUCACCGUCUUGAACUCGCAGUCCUGCAAUUUGGUUGGUUCUAUAUCACCUUUCAUUGGAAACCUUAGUUUCCUCAGACCUAUAUAUCUAUCAAACAACAACCUCUAUGGAGGAAUCCCUCAUGAAAUUGGUUUAUUAUUGUCCAACAACUUGUUGGAGCAACAAAUUCCAGCCAGCCUCUCUCACUGUUCUAACCUGAGAGUAGUUGAUAUAGGAUACAACAAACUCAUAGGGAAAAUUCCUGUGGAGGUUGGAUCCUUGUCCAAGCUGGUGAGGCUACAUAUCUUGUUCAACAAUUUGACAGGAGCAAUCCCACCUUCUUUUGGGAACCUUUCAGCUCUUCGCAUGGGAAACAAUAUUCUGGAAGGAAGUAUCCCAAGUUCACUAGGCCAACUGACAAGCUUAACACAUGUUGUGCUAAGAGGGAAUGAACUAUCUGGUGAAAUUCCUAGCAGUCUUGGUAGCUGCUCAAGUUUAGAACACCUUCUUUUGGACUAUAAUUCCUUUGAAGGAGCCAUUCCAGGGUCUUUGAGUUAUCUGAAAGGCGUUGAAGCAUUGGACCGUUCACACAAUAACCUCUCUGGUGAAAUUCCAAAAGAUCUAGGGAGCAUUCGCUUGUUGCGGAAUUUAAAUCUCUCUUUCAAUGAUCUUAAGGGAAAGGAGAAAACAUCUCUUCUUGUUCUCAAGCUAAUAAUCCCCACAGCUUGUGGAGUCAUUGGGAUAGUUUUUCUACUCCUUGGUUGGCUUGUCAAGAAGAGAAAACAAUGCCAUCCUUCUUCGGUAUUUGAUUUGAUGCAACCGUAUCUUACUAUUUCUUAUGGACAGCUCCUCAAAGCAACGGAUGGGUUCAGGUCAGAGAAUUUGAUUGGUACGGGAAGCUUUGGUUUAGUGUACAAAGGAAUUCUUGAUCCAAGUAAAAUAGCCAUUACUGGGAGGAGCAUCCGGGAGUUUCUAGGCUGA